CGGAACCGACACAGGCGGAGCAGAGAAAAGUAACCUGGCUACCGUGAUGUUGAACGUAAUGAGGGGAGUAAUGUGGAACAAUAAACUACUGCAGGCACACCUGCACGCGGAUCGUCAGCAAAGACAGCAGUACCAACAAGACCUGGCCGCUGUAACGGCCGACGUCCGCGACGCAGCAGUGCAGCAGCAGCAACAGCAACAGCUGAUGAACUCUACCAUCGCACGCAUCAACGGCAUUGAGGCCAAGGCCUCAGCAGCGCCAGGCUGCACGACGGACGCGACGAAGCAAAUCAAUGAACGCAUCGAUCACGUCGUCACCAUCAUCGGCGACAUAGGUGUUUUCAACGGACCGGACACGAUCAGCAGCACGGUGGCCGCCCUCAAGACGGACAUCACCAAGCUACAGACGAGACCGGACGCCGCUACAAAGACGUUCAAGAUGCCGCACUUCGACAUCUGCAAGUUCGACGACUACAACAAGUCGGACGCUUUGACAUGGUGGCAACGUUUCCUCACAGAAGCGUCAUGCCGCACUGUCCCGGCGAACGCCAUGUUGAAGGCAAUCUAUUUGCAACUGAUUGGAGGAGCGCAGGCAUGGAUGAACCACCUGGCGGCCUCCCACAAGUGCACCAUCGCCGAACUCCACACGCACAUCACGUGGAAGGAGUUCGAGCAGCUAUGGUUCACCCGGUUCAUGGUCCGCAACGUCGUGAAGGCGGCCAUGAAUGAGGUGUACACAUGCUCUCAGGGGAACAUGCCAACUCGAGACUGGACAACGAAGUGGCAAAAGAUAGUGACCACGCCAGGAUUAGAUUUGAGUUUUCCAAAUCAACGAUCCAAGUUCUUCUCGCGAUCGUGUGCGGGAUUGCGGUCGGCACUCGGUAAUGAGUACGACUAUACCACAUUCCAGGCCAUUCUGGAUCGAGCGAACUUGGUCAUCCAAACGGACGAUAAGGCCGCUAACGAGAGACAGUCCCAACCGCAUUAUGUGGCUAAGCAGGCCUAUCAACGUCCGACACAUAACAAUGCCGUGAUUUAUGAGGAAACCGACGACCACCAUGCUGCAGCAGCAUCCUCGGGUGAUGGAGGAAUUGUCGCAGCCCUCCCGCCGAAGCAUCCCAAGAGAGUUCGUAAGAACAAGGUGACACAAGAGACGGCAGCGACGGGAGCUGGGCAGCAGCCAUGGACAGCAUAUAAGAUCACCAAGGAGGAGUCUAUGACCUACGUCAGAAGUACAGAUACUGCCUUUGGUGCAACGGAGUCACUCAUGUGACCGCACAAUGCCCCGAAAAAGGCAAGGCACGCGUACCCCGUCCAGCAAACUCGGGA